AUGUGGAUUUUUCACGGUGCCAACAGUUCAGUGCGUCUUUCCUCCACUUGGACCCAGUGGUGCUUGUGUUACGCUGCGGUGUUGAGUUUGUUGAGUUCGCCCGUCAGGACGGAUGACGCGUGUCCAUACUCCUGCGUCUGUGCCAGAGACUCGGGGACGGUGACCUGCCGGGACGGGGAGGACACGGAGGUACCGGGGGAAAUACCGGAGUGGACGUCCACCCUGAUCCUCCGGGGGAGGAACAUCUCAACUCUUCAGCGCGGUGCGUUCAUGAGCAACGGAUCGGAGUUGGACAUGACGAUUCUCUCGCUGUCCUAUAACGGGAUACAGACGAUUGAGCCUUACGCCUUCCUGGGGCUCCCCCGGUUGCAUUUGCUGGAUCUGAGCCACAACCAGCUGGAGCUGAUCUCAUCCAGAUCUUUCCAUGGAUUACCUGAUCUGCGCUCGCUUUACCUCAAUAACUCUGUUUUACCUUCAGCCGCAGCGCAGCUCUCUGAGGCACUCAACACACAAACUUUGCAAAACCUGCACAGACUGGAGCUGGCGGGGAACAGACUGAGGUCUAUACCUAUGCUGAGGUUGGACAUCUACAACCUGCACGCCUUGGUGCUGGUGAACAACUCCAUAGAGAGCAUCGGCUGGGAAAACGUGACUAACCUGUACCAGCAAACGCGCCUACGUGUCUACUUGGCGUUGAACCCGUUCAGGUGCAACUGUGGACUGGAGGCGUUUUACUACUGGCUGAAGAAUUCGUCCCAGUGUGCGGAUUCAGGGCAUCUCCUGUGCAGCGAGCCGGAGGCCAAGAGGGGGGUCCCCGUGGAGAUGCUCCGGGGAAACGAUGUGGAUUGUAUGAACGAGAACCUUGAGGCAGUCUCCUACGUGUUCCUCGGUUUAGUGCUGGCUCUGAUUGGGGUGGUGUUUCUCAUGGUGCUCUAUCUCAACCGUGGCGGCAUCAAACGGUGGCUCAACAACAUCAGAGAUGCGUGCAGGGACCAGAUGGAGGUCUACCAUUACCGCUAUGAGCAGGACUCAGACCCCAGACUGGCCAACGUGGCUGUUUAACCCAAUGAACCCAAUGGAAAAUGAGUGAGGAGACGAGGAGUGUUUCAGGAGGGAUGUCCAGCUGGGAAAAGUACUUCAUACACAAAAGACUGAGGUCAUUCCCUGGCUGAGUCCUGUCACAAGCAAAAAUCUUUCGUUUUUAAAACCAUUUUCAUCAUUCUCAGCAACUGGAACAUAAACUGUUAGUGGUGUCCCACUCACUGUGGGAUAUUCACAGAGCCAAAGACAGUGAAAUGACUAUGAAGCUUUUUUCAGAUAUGAACUUCGCAGAAUCGGGUCUUUGGGAGUUUGUCUUUCACAAAUGAACAACGCAGCAGGAGAUUCUCCACUCACUUCACAUGUUUUUUUUACAGCAAACUGACACAGGCAUUGGUUCUCAUCACCUGAAGCUCUCUUCACAUCUUCGUCGGAGUCAUCUACAUGUAUGGCGAUACUUUUCAUCAUGGGGGUAUUUGGAUUCUUUUUGUUUUUUUCAUUUCUGCGUCUGUCGCGUGUCGUGUCAUCAACAUGCCCUCUUGCUCUCGGCGAAUCCCUGUGUUCUCACAUGGGCUCAUCUGGACAUUCUCUGGAGUUCUUACUGGGGGGCUGACUGGAGACACUCCAGACAAAGUCCAGAUCAUCUCACUUGGACAUUUUCCUUCUCACAUAGAGCCCCUCCAGAAAAGUAAGAUUCUGCGGAGUUCACUGAAUAUCUGACAGCAGCUUUGAGACCAUGAAGUGUUCAACUUGCACAUCUUCCGAGCAGUAGCCUAUUGUACAUAUGGUAAAUUAGCGUCCUCUCAAGAGAGCUACGCUUUUCACACAUCACGUUAACUCUAGCAGUCUACAGCAGCUAUCAGACUAACUAAGGCCUAUUUAUCUUAUUUAUCAAGGGACAGCUAUACAGUUAUGGUACAUUGUUUUCUGAUGCUGGAAUGAAACGAUGAAUCAGUGCAGCCCUUAUAAACUGUGUAAUGAGUCUCCACUCAAGACGCCCUGCAGGGAGAACGAGGUAUUUCAGCGGAUGAUCGACUGGUGGAGCGAGGCUGACAUGUUUCGUCCGAGUACCAUGUUCGUGCAAGCAGGUGACGCCGGAGCAUGCUGUCAUGUUUCAUCAUCAACCCCAUGGGAUAGGUUACCAACCCUGUCUUCGUGAGCAGUGGUCGAUCUCUGGAAAUAACACACGUGUGUGUAUCAUUUGACACAAGGUCAGUUUACCAGUGAAGGGGAUAAAGAGGAAGAGACAAAGUCUAACCAUGCAUGUGAUUGUUGUAGACAUAGGAAACCAAC